AUGCCCAGCCCGCCAACCGCUGGCGCCCUUGCGCCUCGUGUCGGAGGUCGAGCCAAGCCUGCUGCCCAGCAGAAGCCGACCAUUGAUGUCAAGAUCGACCGACACUUCAACUCGAAGGUCUAUACAUCAGGGUCGACCAUCGCGGGGCAGGCCAUUAUCAAGACUCAGCGAGACACUCCGUUUGAUGACAUUGACAUCAUCUUCACGGGCAUCGCGGCCACUCGCCUUGAUUUCGUCCAGCAAUACCCCUCGCACUCGUUCCGCCCUUUUAUGAAGCUGCGGAUGCCAAUCCCGCCCUCCUCCAUUCCCAGUUCCAGGGUCUUUGAGGCCGGGAAACCCUACUCGAUCCCCUUCCACUUCGUCGUCCCUCACCAGCUCACCCUGGGUGCCUGCAAUCACCACUGCAGCUGCCCCGCCGUCCGGGAGCAGCACUUGCGCCCUCCUCCGACCGUCGGUUUCUGGGAAGCCGACGAUCAGGCGCCUGAGAUGGCGCAGGUCGAGUACGCCAUCAAGGCGAGAGCGUACCGUAGGGCCGAGGAUGGCAGUUCAGCCAAGUUUAUGGAAGGGUACCACAUGGUCAAGGUCCUUCCCGCGCAGCCUGAGGACGCCCCCCUCGACAUCACUUUCAGGGAUGAGCGGUACAACUUGUCCAAGUCGAGGACAAUCCGAAAGAACCUCUUCGCCGCCAAGGCCGGAAAGUUGACUGCCACGGCCACGCAGCCUCGCGCUGUGAUGCUCGCCGCUGAUGGCCAUGGCGCGGCAAGCUCGACCGCAAGGGUUGAACUUCAGUUUGCACCCACGUCAGCGGAAACGGCUCCCCCCAAGAUCAACUCCAUUUCGGGCAAAAUCACGGCGGCCACCUUCUUUGGCGCUGCGCCUACAGACCUGUUGCCGAAUUUGGGAAGCCGCGCUGCGUACACGGCGAACCCUUCGCUCAGCUACACGACCACCAACACGCUCUUCUCCAACCCCAUCGACAGAGUGGGUUGGCAGCAGCGAAACACGAGCGGUCGACGCGAUUCUGGAUACUCGAGUCUCGGUGUCGAGGAAGACGCCUCCGAGACGGACUGCUCUGAGAGCCGUGGCCGCGUCGGCAAGAGCAAGAACUCCAAGAAAUGCCCGAUUCGGCAUUCAGCGGUCGUGGAGGUCCCCUUCAGCAUCCCGAUGACGAAUCGAAAGAUCUUCCUGCCGACCUUUCACUCUUGCCUCAUUUCUCGGACGUACACGCUGCAUCUGAGCUUAUCGGUCGGACCGACCAAUGCUGCCAUGACGCUGGCAGUCCCUCUGCAGAUUGGUGUGGAAACCAUCCACGAACCGCAGUUCGACGACGGCUUGCCGAGCUUCGACACCGCCAUGGCAGAGGAUGAGGGUGCCGACGUCGAUGCGCACCUUCAGCCUCGCAUCUUCCGAAUCCCCGAGAUGACCGCCCAGAGCAACAACCUGCUACCGGGUUACGAAGAGUUCGGCCGGUGGACAGUUGCAGUUGCAUAA